AUGCAGAUCAAGGCCCUCAUCAUCGCCCUCUUCGCCGGCAUCGCCAUGGCCAUGCCCACCGACCCGCCCAAGGGCGGCGACGGCAGCACCCCUCCCCCCAGCGGUGGUGACGGCGGCAGCGGCGGCGGAAAGUACAGCCCAUGCCAGGGCAAUGGAGCCCUUUACAGCAGUGCCCAGUGUUGUGCCACCGACGUCCUCGGUGUUGCCGAUUUGGACUGCGCCGUUCCCCCAUCUCUACCGACCUCGGCCAGCAGCUUCACCUCCAUUUGCGCCGCGAAAGGUCAGCGUGCUCGCUGCUGUGUGCUCCCUGUUCUCGGACAGGCUAUUCUGUGCCAGGCACCUAUCGGCUAUUAA